AUGAGUUAAAUCAUUCAAGAAAAUAAUUCCUAAGGUAGUAAUCAAGCAUAAGAGUCAGAUCCAGAGAUGAAAAAAUAAUAAUAUUCAUUCAUCAAGAGUGAUACUUAGGUUGAAAGAAAAGGUAAAAAACUAACGAUUCAUUCAUUCUAUAAGAAUUAAACUGAUAGGUAUUUGGAUGGCCUGAAAUCCAAAAAAUCGAAUGACACUUCAGAUAUUAUGAAUAAUAGUUUUUAAGCACCGAAUAAUCUAGAACAAGAAUACGAAUAAAAUAAGGAUCAAGAAAUCUUUAUUAGAAAGAAUGAUAGGAAACAAUCAACUAAGUAGUUUUAUUAAAAGAAUGUGAUGAAAAUGUUAGAGAAAUUUGCUACAAAAAAAGAAAAUGGAUAAACUGUGAUUGAUAAUAACAAUUCGAAUUAAACUAAUUAAAACGAUAUAAAUUAUUCUGAAAAAAGAGACGAAGAAUCAUAAAUUUAUAUGAAUAAUUCAUUAUAUCAAGAAUCAAUCAAAUUAAUUGAACUAAAAAAGAAUUUAGAAAUGAUGGAAUCUAAACAAUCACAUUUAAUCCAAUUAACAAAUGAUGAUAUUUUAUAACUCUAAAAUUAAUCAAUUAAACAAGAAACUUAACAAUAAAGCAUAAGUGUUUUUUUCGAUUCGAAUACUAACUCAAAGGUUAGUGCAAUGAAAGGAAAUAGAAGAAACUAAUCCAUUCAAAAAUAAUAACCAAAAGUUUAAUUUCCCUUUAUAGAAUAAAACAAUCAAAAUUAAGAGAAUACUCAAAAUCUAAUCAUAGGAUAAAAUGAUGAAAUUAAAUUAGAUCUAAGUAAAUUAAAUGCCAUCAAUAGAAUGGAGAAAAAGAGAAGACAAAAUGAAACCUAAUCUGCUAACAGUAAGAGAUCAAUUAGAUCAAAUUGGACAAGCAAAACAUUUAAAGAAAAAGCAGAAGAAGUCGCCGUCCCAGCUGUUGGAACUGCCAUUGUUGGUUCUUUAGGUGUAAUGCUAGCCAAAAACGUUCUCAAAGGCAAAUAAUAACUAUUGGGAAUAAUACCCGCAUUAGCCUGCAGUGCUUAUUAUUAUUAUAAAGUAAAGAAGCAAAAUGAAGUCGAGAUGGACUUUGAGGAUGAGGAAGAUGUCAACUCCGAAGAAGAACAAGAUAGUACAAGAUUAGAAUAAUGA